UUUAAUCACUUUUAAAGUUAGUAAAGAGCGUAGAUUAACAUAGAAAAUGUUCUUGGAAUUAAUUUAUUUCUUGCCUUUUGUAUUAGUUGAAAGUCAAGAAAUUAAUCAACAAUAUGAUUAUGUCAUUGUGGGAGGAGGAUCCGCAGGAUCCGUUGUUGCAAACAGAUUAUCCAUAAAUGCAAACAUAAAAGUUCUACUUUUAGAAGCUGGAGAGUAUCCUAAUCUUAUAUCAGAAGCCAUAGCUUUUCCUCUUCAUCUACAAAAAACGAAAUAUGAUUGGAAAUAUAAAACUACUAAACAAAAAGAUUCUUGUUUGGGAUACAAUGAUCAACGCAGUAGUUGGCCAAGAGGAAAGGUACUGGGAGGAAGCAGCGUUCUCAAUUACAUGGUUUAUGUGAGAGGUAAUAAGAGAGAUUUCGAUCAAUGGGCUGAAGAAGGAGCGACAGGGUGGAGUUACAAAGAUGUUUUGCCUUAUUUUAAAAAAUCUGAAGAUAAUAGAAUUCCAGAAAUAAUCGAAAAAGAUUAUCACUCUGUAGGUGGUGAAUUAACCAUCGACAAGUCAUCGUAUGAAAACCCUAUAAAGAAAAUUAUGUUGGAAGCUGGGGAAGAACUUGGUUAUCCCACUGGAGAUUACAACGGAGCAUCUCAAAAAGUAUUUUCCGAAGUUCAAGCAACAAUAAGAGAUGGAAGACGAUGCAGUACAAAGAAGGCAUUUUUAGAUCCUAUAGUUGGAAGAAGAAAUUUACACAUUCUUACUUCUGCAUUUGUCACAAAAAUUAAUUUUGACAAUAAUAAACGUGCAAUUGGUGUGACAUUCGAUUACCACGGCAAAACUAUAACCGUUUCAGUUCGUAGAGAAGUAAUAUUGUCUGCAGGAGCCAUAAAUUCUCCCCAGUUAUUGAUGUUGUCAGGUAUUGGACCAAAAGAAGAACUAGAAAAGCUUCAGAUUCCUUUGAUUGCCAAUCUUCCUGUAGGCAAAAAUUUACAAGAUCAUAUAACUACCAUGUUUGUUAUUGCAACUAUGGAAUUACCAUACACAAUGCUAAAAUCUAGAAUAAGUGUAGAUGAUUUUUUAUCAUAUUUAAAAAAUCAGAAAGGAAUAUUAAAUACUUUAGGAGGGACCGAUAUUAUUGGAUUUGUAAAUACUAAAUAUAAUAAAAUAGAAGAAUGGCCGGAUAUACAAUUAGUUUUAUUAACAGCCUCUUUAGCCAGUGAUGGAGGAAGUGUUUUUAAAGAUGCAAUUGGUUUAUCCGAUCAGAUAGUAAAAGAAUACGUAAUUCCCUAUAUUAAUAAUGAUACCAUUACUUGCUUACCAAUUUUACAAAGACCUAAAAGCAAAGGAGUAAUUCGACUAAAUUCAAAUAAUCCUUAUGAUCAUCCCAUUAUUGAUCCGAAAUACUUAUCUCAUCCAGAUGAUCUUAAAGUUUUAGUUGAGGGAACGAAAAUUUGCUUGGAUCUUUUUUCAACAUCCGCAAUGAAGAAAAUAGGAACUAAACCAGUUGAUGCUAUAAUUCCAGGUUGUGAAAAAUAUGAAAAGUUUUCGGAUGAUUACUUGGCAUGUGCUCUUCGAAUUAACACGCAAACAUCAUAUCAUCCGAUGGGCACUUGCAAAAUGGGUAGCAGUGAUGAUCUAAAAGCCGUUGUGGAUCCUAAUCUCAAAGUAAAAGGUGUCAAAGGUCUACGUGUGAUCGAUGCAUCAAUCAUGCCCAGUAUGAUAUCCGGUAAUAUUAAUGCUGCUGUCAUCAUGAUAGGAGAAAAAGGGUCAGAUUUAAUUCUAGAUGAAUUCGAGAAAUUUAAUGGAAAAGAAGAAUUAAUUAAAUCUGACCCUUUUUCUCCUAUCAUGAUGACAGCAGCAUUAAUAUUACCGGAUAUCAUACUGGGCAUGAUUGAUGCAUCGAUCACACGUAGACCUUUGACACCUUUUACUCUAAUUAGCCAAAAAAAGAAGAAGAAGAAAAAAAUUUACAGAGAAAUGUUUCGUCUUAUAUUACUUGCAUUGAUUUCAUUCAUAAGAGCAGGCGAUGUAGAUUUUCGCAAGGAGUACGAUUACAUUAUUAUCGGAGCAGGAUCAGCAGGAGCCGUAGUGGCAAACAGACUGUCAAAAGAUGCUAAUAUACACGUGUUAUUAUUAGAGGCAGGAUCUAAUCCUAGUCUUAUCGCUGAAAUGGCAGCAUUUCCUGCAGAAUUACAGCAAACAAAAUAUGAUUGGGAAUUUAAAACAGUUCCUCAGAAAUUGUCUUGUUGGGGACUUAAAGAUCAACGUAGCUGCUGGCCUCGUGGUAAAGUUCUGGGAGGAAGCAGUAUUCUUAACUACAUGAUAUACGUAAGAGGAAAUAAAAGAGAUUUUGACGAAUGGGCUAAAGAUGGUGCGACAGGAUGGAGUUAUGAUGAUGUUUUACCUUAUUUCAAAAAAUCCGAAGAUAAUCGAAUCCCCGAAAUUAAUCAAAAUGGUUAUCACGGUAUAGGAGGAGAACUAACAAUAGAAAAAGGACCCGACAACCCUUUUAAAAGAGCAUUUUUGAAAGCAGGGAAAGAACUUGGAUACGAUAUAGGAGAUUACAACGGUGAAUUUCAGAAAGUAUUUUCGGAAGUGCAUGGAACAUUAAAAGAUGGAACUCGAUGUAGUACAAAAAAAGCAUUUUUAGAUCCAAUUAGAGGAAGAAGAAAUUUAGAUAUUCUUACAUCAGCUUUCGUAAGAAAGAUUAAUUUUGAUGAUGAUAAACACGUAAAAUCCGUGACUUUUGAUUACAAAGAUAGAACAGAAACAGUUUCAGUUCGUAGNUUAGUAUUCAUCGUACAAUACAUAGCGAUGGAUGAGUUACCUUUGUUUUCUUUUAAAUAUGAUAAAACAUCGUCCACUUGUAUUCUUGAUUUUAAAAGAGUUUCCGGUGAUUCUACGGUAGCGAUCAUGGCUAAGAUUUACAGAGAAAUGUUUCGUCUUAUAUUACUUGCAUUGAUUUCAUUCAUAAGAGCAGGCGAUGUAGAUUUUCGCAAGGAGUACGAUUACAUUAUUAUCGGAGCAGGAUCAGCAGGAGCCGUAGUGGCAAACAGACUGUCAAAAGAUGCUAAUAUACACGUGUUAUUAUUAGAGGCAGGAUCUAAUCCUAGUCUUAUCGCUGAAAUGGCAGCAUUUCCUGCAGAAUUACAGCAAACAAAAUAUGAUUGGGAAUUUAAAACAGUUCCUCAGAAAUUGUCUUGUGGGACUUAAAGAUCAAGUAUUGUUUUUUUUUUUUCCUCCCUAAAUAAAAAUCUUAAUAAAUUUUAUUAUUUCUAAAACAAUUGUAAUAAUUUUUUUUUACAAUAGCGUAGCUGCUGGCCUCGUGGUAAAGUUCUGGGAGGAAGCAGUAUUCUUAACUACAUGAUAUACGUAAGAGGAAAUAAAAGAGAUUUUGACGAAUGGGCUAAAGAUGGUGCGACAGGAUGGAGUUAUGAUGAUGUUUUACCUUAUUUCAAAAAAUCCGAAGAUAAUCGAAUCCCCGAAAUUAAUCAAAAUGGUUAUCACGGUAUAGGAGGAGAACUAACAAUAGAAAAAGGACCCGACAACCCUUUUAAAAGAGCAUUUUUGAAAGCAGGGAAAGAACUUGGAUACGAUAUAGGAGAUUACAACGGUGAAUUUCAGAAAGUAUUUUCGGAAGUGCAUGGAACAUUAAAAGAUGGAACUCGAUGUAGUACAAAAAAAGCAUUUUUAGAUCCAAUUAGAGGAAGAAGAAAUUUAGAUAUUCUUACAUCAGCUUUCGUAAGAAAGAUUAAUUUUGAUGAUGAUAAACACGUAAAAUCCGUGACUUUUGAUUACAAAGAUAGAACAGAAACAGUUUCAGUUCGUAGAGAAGUAAUUUUAUCUGCAGGUGCGAUCAAUUCUCCUCAUCUCUUGAUGUUGUCAGGAAUUGGACCGAAAGAAGAUUUAGAAAAAUUUAAAAUACCCGUAAUCUCUAAUUUACCAGUUGGAAAAAACCUACAGGAUCACAUCUCCACUGUUUCUUUGAUCUUUACAACAGAUGAACCACAUACAUUAUUAAAAUCUAAAUUGACUACAGAUGAUAUAAUAGAGUAUUUAAAGAAUGAUCAAAAUAAAUUAACUACAAUAGGAGGUGGCGAAGGAAUUGCCUUUGUGAAUACAAAAUAUAAUAUUAUAAAAGAUUGGCCAGACAUAGAAAUAAUACUUUUUAAAUUUAGUUUAGCUUCUGAUGGAGGAACAACGUUUAGAACAGGGAUUGGAAUUACAGAUGAGAUGUUUACAAAAUAUGCAAGUUCGUACGUUAAUAAUGAAACGUUUACCUGCCUUCCAUUCCUACAAAGACCUAAAAGUAGAGGAGAAAUUCGAUUAAAAUCGAUAGAUCCUUACGAACAUCCAAUCAUCGAUCCAAAAUAUUUUUCUCAUCCAGAUGACUUGAAAGUUUUAGUUGAGGGAAUGAAAAUUUGUCUAGAAAUAACAUCUACAUCAGCUAUGAAAGAAAUAGGAACAAAACCAAUAGAAACUAUUAUUCCUGGUUGUGAAAAAUACGAGAAAUACUCAGAUGAUUAUUUAGCUUGUUCUGCCCAAACAUUUACACAAACAGUAUAUCAUCCAAUUGGAACUUGCAAGAUGGGAAGUUCCUCUGAUGACAGAUCUGUUGUGGAUCCUGAUCUCAAAGUUAUAGGUGUUCAAGGAUUACGCGUGGCAGAUGCUUCUGUUAUACCUCUCAUGGUAACCGGACAUACAAAUGCACCUGCAAUUAUGAUAGGAGAAAAGGCUUCGGAUUUGAUUCUUAAUGAUUUAAAAACAAUAAAAUCAAAGGAAGAAUUAUAAAUAAAUAAAUAAAUUUGCUAAUAAAUUGAAAUAAUUUAAUGUACGAAUUUAUACAUAUAAAA